CGCGGUCUGUGAGCAGGUAGGGCCCCGGGGAGAGUGAUUUUCGGUGGGGCAGUGAGACCAAAGAUAACCUUUAUCAGAAAGGAUGGAGUUGGGAAAAGGAAAACUUCUCAGGACUGGACUGAAUGCGUUGUAUCAAGCAAUACACCCAAUUCACGGCCUUGCCUGGACUGAUGGGAAUCAGGUAGUCCUGACUGAUUUACACCUUCACGGUGGAGAGGCCAAGUUUGGGGACUCAGCGGUCAUUGGACAAUUUGAACAUGUGUAUGGGGUGUCCUGGGGCCCACCUGAUACAGCUGACACACCUGCUCUGCUUGCUGUCCAGCACAAGAAGCAUGUCAUUGUGUGGCAGCUGUGUCCUAGCACUACGGAGACAAGCAAAUGGCUGAUGUCUCAGACCUGUGAGAUUAGACAGUCACUCCCUAUCCUUCCCCAGGGCUGUGUGUGGCACCCAAAAAGUGCUGUCCUGACUGUGUUGACUGCACAGGAUGUCUCCGUUUUCCAUAAUGUUCACUGGGACAGUUCCCAGGUCAAAGUGGACAUCAGCACCCAAGGCCUCAUUCACUGUGCAUGUUGGACCCAGGAUGGCCAGAGGCUGGUGGUGGCAGUAGGCAGCAGCGUGCAUUCUUAUAUUUGGGACAGUGCUCAGAAGACUCUUCACAGGUGCUCCUUCCGCCCGAUGUUUGAUGUGGACAGCUACGUGCGCUCAAUCGGAGCCACUGUGGACUCACAGGUCGCUAUAGCCACUGAGCUUCCACUAGAUAAGAUUUGUGGCUUAAAUGCAUCUGGAACCUUUGAAGUUCCCCCUAGUAGUGAAGGCACUUGUCUGUAUACUUUACCAGUUAUUGACGCAGUUUCCUCUGAAACAAAUUCUGAAACACUAGUUUCUCCCUUUUCUUCAUCCCUUUCUGAUCCUCUGGAUCUAACUCAUAUACACUUUGACAGAUCUAAAUCUGAGGCUAGUUCUCUUAUUUGUCUAAGAAAAAAGGACUGCUUGAUAGGAACUGGCCUGGAUUCUUCACACUUGGUCCUCUUGACCUUUGAGAAGGAGGUUACCCAGAACAGAAAAGUCACCAUCCCAGGCAUUCUGGUUCCUGAUCUAAUGGCGUUUAGUCUUAAAGCACAGGUAGUCGCAGUGGCUUCCAAUACGUGUAAUAUAAUUUUUAUCUAUUCUGUCAUUCCAUCAUUUAUGCCAAACAUCCAGCAAAUUCAGUUAGAGAGUAAUGAAAGACCAAAAGGCCUAAGUUUCUUGACAGAUAAAUUAUUGUUAAUUUUGAUAGGAAAACAGAAAUCCACGGAUUCGGCAUUUCUUCCUUCUUCAAAGUCUGACCAGUAUAUGAUUCGUUUGAUUGUUAGAGAAGUUAUGUUGGAAGAAGACUCUCCAAUGACACUGAGUGAAAACCAGAGUGGUUACUCUGCUUUCAGUACUCCAUUAAAUAAAGCAAAUAGAAAAAAGCUAAUUGAAAGUCUUUCCCCAGGUUUUUGUCACCAAAACGGAGGGCUUUUGUUAACAGCUAAUAGCAGCAGUCAAAGUGGAAGGCCUGGAAGAACCCUUAUUCAAGAAAUCAAAAGUCCUCCAUCCAGUAUCUGUGAUGGCUCCACAGCCCUAGAAACUCUAGAUGCCGGGCCUGUUAACCAGUCGGUAACACUGCCCGGACCCAGCGGCACACCAGACCACACCAGUACCGCGGGACCUCCUAACUUACAAGUGGAAAAGGAAACUUACCAGCUAUCUAAGAUACUGGAAAUUUUAUCUAGGAACCUGACUGAAGUGCAGCAGUGUCUUUCUGAACUCACAGACUUUCUACGUAAUGGAAAGAAAUCCUCUCCAGUGUAUCCGCUCUCUCGGGAUGUGCCUUAUGUUCACAUCACUUGCCAGAAAUCUUAUUUUUUAGGUCCUGUUGUAGAAAAAAGAGCCAUGCUUCUCUGCAACGGCAAGCUAAGACUCAGUACAGUUCAGCAGACUUUUGGCCUCUCUCUUAUUGAAAUGCUGCAUGACUCCCACUGGAUCCUUCUCUGUGCUGAUAGUGAAGGCUUCAUCCCCUUAACUUUCACAGCCACACAGGAAAUAGUCAUAAGAGAUGGUAGGUCAAAUGACUUUAGGGGCCCUGUCUCUUGAAGCCUUUUAGAGACAUACUGCCCAAAGCGUAGAUGCCACUGGCUGUUCUAACCACUUUGGCGGUAUAGUCUGAUUCUUGUUUGCAGAAUAUUUGCUGCACAGCCUUUCAGAUGAGGUUAUUACAAGCAAGAUCUGUUUUCUGAGGUGGACGCUCCCCAGCUGGGAUUUGUACUGUCGCUGGGAGGUGAAGAACUUGCCAUGGCUGGCUCGGCCACCUCUCCCCCGAGGCUGACAUUGCCUACUCUCAGCAGAGCCCAGUCUUUGGUAGAUGGCUCAGAAAGUGGUUAUUUAUGUAUCCAUAACUGUGUGGUUUUGUCUAAGGGCAGAAUUCCUGGCGCAAAGCGAUUUUAUGGUGCCAUAUGGAUUGUGUUUUAUGGUUUCUCUGAGGUUUUUUGUCCCUUGCCCAAAACAGUGUUAAAGCCCUUAGAAGCACUUAAAAGGUACCUCAGCAUUGUCAUAAAUCUUUUUCUUGGCUUAAAGUUGAGUGUGAGGAGUGCUGGAGAACAUCUGCUGCAGCCUAUCUUUUUACCCCAAACGAGCAGGAAUCAGCAGAGCUCAAAGGAAGACAAAAAAUCAAUUGACUUCUGCUCCCAGGGCUACCUAGAACGGAAAGUAGCUCUCAUGUUGGCUGGACCUCCCAGGAUUUAAACCUAACCCUCUUGCUUCCCUAGAAAAUUCUGGCUGACAUAGUUCCAGGUACUCCUAAAAACUGUCCCUGGGCAAAUUUCAAAUGAAAUUUCAAGUGCUUUGACUCCCUCUGGACCUCACUUGAGUGUGUCCUGAUGUUACUAGUAAAAUGCUCAGCAUAGGUGAGGGCUACAGCAUGAUUUGCGCUGUUGCCAUUCAUGAUUUUCUCUGUGAUAGGUUACCCACCCCCCAUUGUUGGGAUCAUAAAAAUGUCCUAUUUUUUCCCCAGUAAUCAACUCCCUUAAAUUGUCACUUUAAUUUUGAUGUUUUUCUUCCCCUCCCCCAGAUUCAAGUCUUAGGGACCAGCAUAGAAUCUGCUAGAGAAAGUAUUUCAGAAAGUUGGAGGUUUCACUGAAUCUGAGAUAGUUUAUUAUAAUUAUGGGCUAAAGCGCCAGCUUAGCAUAGUGGAAGGAGCCCUGAUUCCAGCUUCAGAUAGACUCACCUUUUCUCACUGCCUUCAGACAGUCAUAAGCUUCAGUCACUGCAGCAUAACGAAUGGAUCAGUGUGUAGCUGGUCAGAGCACAUCUGCAGAUAAAUUGUUUCAGCCAUAGGAGCUCAGAUGCAUAAAAGCUCAAGUGCAUCUUUUUCAC